CCAGCGGGACUGCAGCAGACGACGGAGAGUUAUGCUUAAGCUGUAAGUCGGAACGAACGCGUUAAUUUAGUGUCAUGUGAUGUGCUUUCGGUAGUGAAUAUUAUUUUAUUUGGGGGCUCGAUGGAUCUUAGAUGGAUAUUGAUUAUCGCCCUACUAGCAGUUAGAGAUACAUUUUGUGAAACUUUUGCCAGCGUACCACCGGCGUCUGUAGUUCCAUCAGAAGUGGACUGUCAGCAAUACGUAGAGAAAGCCAUCAAAGAAUUAGUUACUUCAGAACCUAUUGGAAGUACGGGACACCAUAACACUAAAGAUGAAAGCUCCGCAAAUGGAAGCCCUCCAAAUGAUGAUGUUGAGGGCCCGAGUGUUAAAGAUGGUAAUUUUGAGGAUGAUAGCAGACCGAGUGCGUCGCCCGAGCCGGAAAACAUUGAAGAAAAAGGAGAAUCACCAAGAAAGGAAAUAAGUAUAGAAGAAGUCGCUAAUGUAAUUAAUGAACAAAAUGACGUAAAUAGGAUUGAUGAAAUUCAGCCAGAUGCAAUUGCCGAAACUCCAGAUACUGAUAAGGCUGAUGAAGAUACUGAAGAUGAAAUAAGUGUUGAGGAAGAAACUGCGACUGAAAACAAAACUAAUACGGAAGAAAACGAUGUAGAAGAAGCCAAUACGGAAGAAAACGAUGUAAAAGAAGCCAAUACGGAAGAAAACGAUCUGGAAGAAACCAUAUCAAUCAUUAUAGAUGAGAAUUUGGUUAAAGAUAACGCUGAUAUUUUAAUUGAUGUCAAAGACUUCAAUAAAGAAGAUAAUAUCAAAAUAUCUGAACCCGAAAAUUCUAAAGCGGAUAACGAAAAAAUAAAUAUUGACGAAGAAAUAAUUAAAAAGAAAAAUGUUCCAGUUCAAACACAAACAUUCAAGGGAACGAAAAAGAGGAAUCCAAAAUAUUGGAAGUUUGAUCCCGAUGAAUUUCCGCUUGAAGAAGAAACAGUUCAAGUAACGGAAAAAAAAAGAAAGAAAAACCCUAAAUAUUGGAAGUUUGAUCCUGACGAAGACGAAUUAGUUAGUGAUAAGGGUGAAACAACAACAGCACAAACUAAAGAUGAAACAUUGAUUACCGAUAAAACAACCUAUCCUGUAUUUAAAGGGACAAAAAAGAGGAAUCCAAAAUAUUGGAAGUUUGAUCCCGAUGAAUUUCCUCUUGAAGAAGAAACGGUAAAAGUAUCCGAAAAGAAAAGAAAGAGAAACCCCAAGUAUUGGAAAUUUGACCCUGAUGAAGAGGAGUCUACUGAUGAAAAAAGUACAGUUAAGGCCACCAAUGUCAACAAAGAAACGAAAUCUACCAAAAAAUCGACUGAGCCUGUGUUUAAAGGAACAAAAAAAAGGAACCCUAAGUAUUGGAAGUUUGAUCCUGAGGAAUUUCCACAAGAAGAAGAAAUUAAAGUAGAACCAGUCAAAAAAGGAAAACGUAAUCCUAAAUUCUGGAAAUUUGAUCCCGACGAAAACCCUGAGGGAAAAGAACCAGAAAAAGAUUUCAAAGUCAAAGUAGACACUAAAGAAAACAAGUACUCGAAGGUUGAAAAAUCAAAAUUAAAACUGUCAAAGGAAGAACAAAUAGUGAUAGAAACAAAGAAAAAGAAUAAAUAUUGGAAGACCGAAGAAACAGAAGAAGAAGUACUUGAAAAAGGAAUAAGAGAUGAAUCGAAAAAAGAAGAACAUUAUAGUAAAACAGAUGAUAAACCUGAAGAAUCGAAUCAAGCAAAAUUAAUAGAUAGUAUGUACUGGAAAAUUGAAGAUGAAAAACCAAUAAAAAGAGAAUCUAGAGAAGCAGUUAAACCAAAAGAAAAAUCAGAAAAAAAAUUAGAGAGUAUUAAAAAAAUUAAAGUCGAAGUACAAAUUGAAGAUGAUGUAGAACCAGAGGACGACUUAACGAUGGACGAAGUAUUGCCAAAGAACUUACGGAAUAAAAGUCAUAUAAAAAAAACAUUGAAAAUUGGCGAAGACACUGCACAACAUGAUGGAUUUUUAUCAAAAGUUGUAGAUACGACAUUGAAAGAAUUAAAGAAAGUAUACGAAGUCGCUAUCAAACCUUUAGAAACAACUUUUAAGUAUAAAGAUUUGAGUAACCGUCAUUUUGGAGAACCAGAAAUAUUUUCAAAACCAUUGGUACUUUUUAUGGGCCCUUGGAGUGGGGGCAAAUCAUCUAUCAUAAACUAUCUACUAGACAUUGAGUAUUCUCAAUUUUCAUUAAGAACUGGAGCGGAACCGUCUCCGGCAUAUUUCAAUAUUUUGAUGUACAGUAAUCGAGAAGCGAUUCUAGACGGGACUCAAUUGGCAGCUGAUUGGACGUUUUCUGGUCUUCAAAAAUUUGGUCAAGGCCUCUUGGAUAGACUACGCGGACUUAAACUACCUCAUCCCUUAUUGGAAAAGGUGAAUAUCGUAGAGAUCCCAGGAAUUAUGGAAAUGCGCAAGUACGUAGAUCGUGUGUUUCCAUUCAACGACGUUUGUCAAUGGUUCAUCGAUAGGGCAGACGUCAUUUUUCUAGUAUACGACCCGGCAAAACUGGACGUGGGCCCAGAGACGGAAGCAAUUUUAGACCAGCUAAAGGGUAGAGAAUACCAGACAAGGAUAAUAUUAAACAAAGCGGACAAGAUUCGCGCCGAAGAAUUAAUGCGCAUCCAAGGCACGCUCAUUUGGAAUAUAAGUCCAUUGAUGUCCAGUGCAGAACCGCCCACAAUUUACUCAGUGUCCUUGUGGUCCAACCCCUACGAAACGGGAUCUCCGGCCAAGUUGUUGCACUCACAGGAACUGGCGUUCUUGAGAGAUAUUCGUUCGGCCAUUGACAAGCGCGUGGAAAACAAAAUCGCCAGUGCCAGACGAUUCGCGGUCCGGGUAAGAAAUCACGCUAAAAUGGUCGACUGUUAUCUGACUACCUACUACAAUCACAAGUCAAUCUUCGGUAACAAGAAGACUGUCAGCGAUGACAUCAUCGAACACCCGCAAAACUAUCACAUUUACGAAGGGCUCAGUACGUUGACAAACAUCUCCAGAUACGACUUGCCCGACCCGGACGUGUACAGGGACUUUUUCCGCCUGAACCCGGUUUACGAAUUCAAGAGACUGUCGGAGACGUGCACGUACUUCCGAGGAUGUCCGAUCAACAAGUUGGACAUGGCCAUCGCAUACGACUUGCCCGACCUGAUCGGUCAGUACAAAAGACAAGAAGAAGAACUUGUGAUGGCUGUCGAAAACGCACCGUGAACACUUGUGUUCGGGACACAAUAAUAUCAUUAAUUGAAACCUUGCAUUAUAUUUAUAGGCAUUGUAUAAAUUAUAAUGUAUAAUUUAUUUUAUUAUCAAGUCAUUGUUUUACCAAUAUUUGUUUUCGCGUAGACUGGUUUUUGAUUUAUAUUAAAUUGUUAGUUACCUA